AUGGCCCAAUAUUGUUUUCCAGUGUGGCCAUUAAUAUUGUUCCACUUCGUUGAACCUCAAUCUGCCACCUGUUGAAUCCCUAAAUACUGACUGAUCAAGAGAACGACUGUAUGGCUGAAAUACUAAGAUGGAUAUAUAUAUUUAGUAUGGAAAAAUGAUUACAUUGACUCAACUAAAGAGGAUUUGAAGAAAACAGGUGCGAAUAAGAGUCCAAUAAAAAAAAUGUAGAUACUACACAAAAGAUACUCAUAUUUAGAAGUAUUAUAAUAAUUAUUGGGAUGUUUUCAACUUCAUUUAUUAUAUUUUUCGCUUGAGGAGUCAAGUGUUUUAAUGUUUUCCACCAGGGAGUUCUUAUGUCCAGACAUCUGACAAUAUUUCAACAAUAUCUUAUCUUUAUGAUUCUGUAAUAUCAAACGCCUAGGGUAAGCUAUAACCUGCUUUAAAAUUUUAGAUAGAAAAUAAAAAAAAUGUAGUUGGUGCAAUACUGAAGCUUGAAGUUCCAGACGAUAUGAAACCGUGUGAAAUAAUCGUCUUUCUCGCCAUACUGCACUGUCUUUGCACUGGCAAUGGUAAUGCACGUUCCCUGAAGAAGAGAGGUCCUGCGUCAAGCAGACAACAUCAGAUAGUAAGAAAACAACAAGUUCCAUCACACGUCAGGAAACAAUACAUCGACACGUAUGGCGGUAAUUCAGUGAUGGGGGGUAAUCCAAUCAUGGCAAGUGACCAAGGCAUUGGGGAAACUGACCAGAAUUUAAUAGAAACUACAGAAAAUGGACAACAAAGUCAGGAUAAUAUCGCAAAUACGUUACAAGCUGCUGGAAUUUCCUUAAACACCGGUUUAACACAGAAUACCAUGGAUGAAAAUCGCGCGCAAUCUAUGAGUAGUGAUCUUGUCGACUCGACCGAAGGCACAGACAGUCGGCAGUUGAUUGGCAAUGGUAAAAAAGUCUUCUUCAUUCCUUACUCAGUGAUGAAACCACCCAGAACUCUUGUCUUAUCUCCAAACCCGCCCUUGCUAUGUAUCAAUCUACUAGAUGCAUUUACUAGAUUUUCAUUUUUGAAAUGUUUUGUAGGACUCAUGCAAGGAGGAAAUGGUGGUUUAGAUGUUUCUCCGCUAGGUGGUACCAGCAACCUGGAAACAAGUCUAGGUGGUGGACUAGAUGGUGGAUUAGGUGCUAGUUUUGGUGGAGCGGGUCUAGGCGGGGGUCUAGGCGGGGGUCUAGGCGGACGUCUUAGUGGUGGCCUUGGAGCAAGUUUAGACAGCGGGACAAGUCUAGGUAUGGGUGGAGGUACAGUCGAGGUGGGUGGGGGUAAUGGAGGUCAAGGAAUAGGAGCUUUGAAUGAUGGGUUGGGGGCAGACGGUGGUGGUGAUUUUGGACUAGGGAAUGGCGGUAGUCUUAGUGGUGGUAUCAGCGCUGCAGGGCUUGGUGGUGGGAGUAAUAUUGGAGGCAUUGGAGGGGGGAGUUUGAGUGACGGUGGAAUAAAUGGUGGUUUGGGCGAUGGUGGAAUAGGAGGAAGUAAUAUAGCUGGGGGUGCUUAUAGUGAUGGUGUAGGGAAUUUGGGUGGUGGUGGAAUAGGAGACUUGAGCGAUAACGUGGGAGGUGGGGACAGCCAAAUGAGUGACAGCCUAGCAGGAUUAGGUGGAAACGGUGGUGGUAGUUUUAGUGACGGUAUAGGAUUAGAGGCUCUGGGUUCCAGGAUUGCAGCUGGUAGUAAGGCACAAAACUUUGGCUCUCUGGGAGGUGCACAUCAUCUGCCAGAAUUUGCAGGACUGGGCAGCAACGGCGGACUCCUUGGUGGGAUGCCAUCUGGUCAUCAGGUUCCACUGGACAUGCAACUCUCUGGCGCAGCGGAUGAAAAUCCUUCCAUGAUUCAUGGGGGAUUAGCGUCGAUACUUCCUGGUAAAACUAUUCACGCCCACGUUAGUGACAAACCUACUGGCAAUCGACCAGCAAUAAUGGGACCGUCCAUGAACGCAGCUUUACAGGUACAAGAACAGGCAAAAAAACAACACCAAAAACGCCUGGAAGCUCUUAAAAUGAAACUGAAGAAACUAAGAGAAAGACUGGAAGUGCUGCAGACUACUGGAAAUAAACAAACUAAGAUCAGCAGUAAACAAAAAGAAAAUAUGAACAAUGAGGAGAUUGAUACGUUGAAUGAGCUAAGAAUGGCCACACAGGAUGCUAUCAAGGAGUUACACACGGACUAUCCUCACGCUAAGAAAAAACAAGAAACAGCACAACCAAAACACGAAUCACUUGGCAGUAAACUGAAGACUGUAGAUUUUACAGCUAAAGAAACAGGAGAUACACUUGAAGAAUUGCUAAAACUACUUGAUCCUGAGCUACAAGACAAGAAGCGAGGAGAAGUUCACAAAAUAAAUAAUACCUCUCAUCUGGGUGAUGAGACAGAAAGUAAACUAGCCUCAUUGACUAAGAAGGCAGAAGAUGAGGUGGACUUGUUGGCUUCAGAGAGUCCAAAGCCUAAAACAGUUCUCCAAGCCAGUACAACUGCUAGCAGCAAGAACAGUUCAUUAAAUACCAACAAAAAACGUCCUAAUGCAAAGAAAGAUCUUUCAAAACACGGCGACAAAGGCAAAACGAUGGUUGCUCCAAUGAAAAAGGGAGAAACAAAGUCAAAUGAAAAGUCCAAAAAGACACUAAAAUAUCGAAGUCUAGGGUGCUGGCGAGAUGAUCCUAACCGUGUCGUACCUAGUUUAGAAAAUACUUCAACAAUGCUCCAAGAUGGCUACCGUCUACGACAAGACUCUGUGAAAAAAUGCGCACAAGUAGCUAGAAAGCAAGGUUUUGCUGGAUUUGCGAUUGAAAAUGGAGGACAAUGUUUUGGUGGUCCGAAUCUGCUUAAAAGAUAUAAGAAAUAUGGUAGAUCUAGAGAUUGUGCUAAUAAUGGGACUGGUGGCGAUUAUGCUAUGGAAGUUUAUACAUUUCAACGAAAUUUAGAAUAGAUUUGCACAUAAGUGAAGUGUUUGCCGCUAAGCAUUGAAGAAUGAUUGUACUUGCGAAAAUGCUAAAUCUAAUUAAGAUCAACCAACUUUAAAUACCCCCUUUCAGACUAUGGAUAAUUAACGCAGGUAUAUUGAUUAAUAUUGAUAAAUAUUUCAAACGGUCACAAAAAUUACUGAUUUGUACAUAUUGUAUACAUAUGUUAGAUUUAAAUAUUAAAUAUUAC